AGGAGCAAGAAGAAGAAAAUAAGCCCCCACCCCACCCCUACCCCUUCUUCUUCAUGAAUUUUAUUAUAAAUAAAUAAUUAAUUAAAUAAAUAAACACAAAAAAAUAAUAGUAAAGGAGAAUAUAUAUUAGACAUAUAUAUAUAUGGUGAAGAUGAUGGAGAGAGGAAUUAGCGGGACGGUGUUGGUGGUGUUGGUGGUAUGUUGUUUGUGGGGUCAGAACGUGAGAGGUGAGGACCCAUACUUGGUGUACACGUGGAAGGUGAGCUACGGCACAAUCUCCCCCAUGGGCGUUCCCCAGCAAGGGAUCCUCAUCAACGGCCAAUUCCCGGGUCCCAGGAUCAACUGCACCUCCAACAACAACAUCAUCGUCAACGUUUUUAAUGACCUUGAUGAGCCGCUGCUCUUCACGUGGAGCGGCAUCCAGCAGAGGAAGAACUCUUGGGUGGAUGGCACUCCCGGGACCAUGUGCCCCAUCCCGCCCGCCACCAACUUCACCUACAAGUUCCAGGUCAAGGACCAAAUCGGGAGCUACUUUUACUUCCCCUCCACCGCCCUCCACCGUGCUGCUGGUGGCUACGGCCCCAUCAACGUCCAUAGUCGUGCCCUCAUCCCUGUCCCCUUCGACCCCCCCGCCCAGGACUUCGACGUCUUCUUGAGCGAUUGGUACACCAAAGGCCACAAGACCUUGAGGAAGAUUUUGGACAGUGGCCGCUCCAUUGCCAGGCCGGACGGCCUUGUCAUCAAUGGCAAGCACGUCAAGGUCGACGAUAAACCCGCUCCUCUUUUCACCAUGGAAGCUGGCAAGACUUACAGGUACAGAUUUUGCAACGCGGGGUUGAGGACAUCGGUGAAUUUCCGGUUUCAGGGGCACACGAUGAAGUUGGUGGAGAUGGAGGGUUCGCAUACGGUGCAGAACGUUUACGACUCACUGGACCUCCACGUGGGCCAGUGUUUGUCGGUUCUGGUCACCGCAGAUCAAAAGCCUCGGGACUACUAUCUUGUUGCCACCAGCAGGUUCUUCAAGAAGCAGCACUACUCCACCGUGGCUGUCAUCAGCUACGCCGGCGCCAGCGGCAUAACCGCCUCCCCAGAAAUCCCUCCCCCUCCUUCUGAAAACACCGACGGCAUCGCCUGGUCCAUCAACCAGUUCCGCUCCUUCAGGUGGAAUCUCACCGCCAGCGCUGCCCGCCCCAACCCUCAGGGCUCGUACCACUAUGGCCAGAUCAACAUCACCCGCACCAUCCGGAUCCUCAACUCCAAGGUGAUGCAGGAUGGGGGCAAGAUCCGCUACGCGCUCAAUGGCAUCUCCCACGCGCCCUCUGACACCCCGCUCAAGCUCGCUGAGUACUUUGGGAUGGCGGAGAAAGUGUUCAAGUACGACGUGAUGAGCGACGCACCACCGUCUGAUCUAAAGAAGAACGAGCUGGUGGUGCUCGCCCCGAACGUCCUCAACGCGACAUUCCGGAAUUUUGUGGAGAUCGUAUUCGAGAACCGCGAGCGGAGCAUCCAGGCAUUCCACCUGGACGGGUACUCGUUCUUUGCGGUGGCGAUCGAGCCCGGGAGGUGGAGCCCGGAGAAGAGGAAGAACUACAACCUGGUGGACGCGGUGAGCAGGCACACGAUCCAAGUUUACCCCAACUCCUGGGCCGCUGUGAUGACUACGCUGGACAACGCCGGGAUGUGGAACCUGAGGUCAGAAAUGAUGGAGAAGGCUUACCUGGGACAGCAGCUAUAUAUCAGCGUCCUUUCUCCGGCGAGAUCAUUGAGGGACGAGUACAACCUGCCGGACAACCAGAUCCUCUGCGGCUUGGUCAAGGGCGCGUCUAUGCCACCCCCUUACACCAUCUAAUGAUCUAAUCUAGUGGACCGACCGAGUUCUUUGAUACGUUCAAAUUUCAGUUCAAAAAAUGCGCCAAUCAUCAUCGUGUUUUAAAAAAGCAAACAAAUGGGGGGAAGUGAUAGUUGGUCGAUGUACAAAAUUGUGUUAUAGAAGCGGUAGGGGGUGGGGCACCAUAUAAUAGUAAUACUCCAUAUUAAAUUGUUGGAGCAUAACUCCGGCUUACAAUGCACGUUAAUUUCCU